AUGUCGGAACGGCGUGGCGGCCCGGCAGCUAACUUAGCGCCACCCUCGCCGUCGCCAGUGCGCAAGGAGGAAACGGUGGAGGCGGUGGCGGAAGAGCGGACAAAAGCGGGUGCGGUGAGGCACAGUAUGGAGCGCCCCGUGGCCUCCAGCGCCUCCUCUGCACCGUCCACGCCGAGCCCAAACGCGCUCACGGCGGCCGCGGCGGUCUCGGAGGAUGAGAGGGACGACGUCACACCGUCGCAACGACGUGAGGGCAGCGGCGCGUCUUUGUUUGGUCAGCGCCGUCGCGAGUCGUCGUCCUCACUCCGCGGCGGUGGCGAUGCUGUCGGCUCUGACGCUGUUGUGGAUGCUGGCUCGUUAAACGGGGUGCCUCCACCGCUGACCUCGGGACCCACCGCGCGACAGCACUCGAAUAAGGGCGCCCCCCUGCCGGCCUAUCGUCAAGAGAGUCCACCAAACGAGGCGCUCGUCCAGUCGGCGCAGGGCUCCCCUUAUCGGCCACAGGAAGACGGUCGGCACUCCAAUACACGAGAUACUCUCGAUCACACAGGGUCCAUGCCCCUCAACACUGCAGCAGAAGCCGUACCAAACAGCACCGCAACGCGCGCCAACCCGCAAAAUACCACCGUCAGCUUUUUGGAGUCGUCACCGGAGGCACGGCGGCAGGAGAGCAUCGACAAGCGGCCCUCGGCAAGCUCCACUUCCUUGCCACCGUCUCGCCUGGGGGAAAGCCCGAUGGUGGACGCGGUGCACGCCGCGGCGGCACGCCGCACAAACAGCAACACCUUCGCCCCAGCCGGGCAGCGCAAAGUGCCAGCGGACUCGACGAUCAACGACUCUCGCCUCUUCACCGCCGUCCCGACAACCUCAGUGGCAGGCAUGAACAACUCCGGCUACAGCCCUUCACAGCGGGCAUUGGUGCAGUAUGGCGGGUCACCAGGCGACAUGGCAGCCCCUUCUUUUCCGUACCGGGAGUCCGUGGGGGCGGGGAGUGAGGGCGGCUACAGCCCCAACCGCAACGCCGAAAUUCGCGCGAUGCUGAUCGCGGCGGAGCGCGAGUUGGCGGAGACGCGAGAGGAGUCGAUGAAGCGUGGGAUGAAGCUGGAAGCGCUGGAGUCUGCGCUGGACCGGGAGCGAGCGAACACCCGUGCCUUGCGUGACCGCUACGCGGACGAGACCGCCGCGACGCGUGCGGAGCACGAGGCCGUGACGCGGCAGAUGCGGGAUCAGCUGCACGUGCUGAAGAUGGUCUCGGAGAGCGCCAUGGCGGAGAAGAGUAAAAUGGCCGAAGAGGCCGGCCGACGCAAGAAGGAACUGUUCGCCUUGCUGGAUCGGGAGCGGGAUGAGAAGAGCUACAUCAUGGCCGACUACCGCGAGCAGACGGAGUCGCUCAUCGCGGAGCAGGGGCGCGAGAUCACCUCCCUGCGCGCAGCGAUGGACAAGCUGAAGGAGGACUUUGACACGGUGUCGCAGCAGCACCAGGCCGCCGAAGACGAGCGCGAGGCGCUCGACGAGAAGCUGGAGGCGAUGUCCUCGCAGCUGGACCGCGAGCGUGCGGAGGCCAGCGGUAGAAUCCGCGACCUCCAGGCAAACAUGGCGCAGGAGUGCAACGCGCUGCGGGAGCAGUUGGACGCACAGCGAGAACAGCAGCAGCGGAGUACAGCGCAGCAGGCAAAGAAGCAGCAGGAGUUGGCGGAGCAACUGCAGAAGAGCGAGGAGCGGCAGCGCGUGGCGGAGGAGGAGCACCAGCAUGCUCUCGACACCCUCAAGCAGGCCUACCGCCGCGACACGGACGGACUGCGCGAGGAGCUGCAGCGGUCGAAGGAAAGCCGCGACAAGCAGGAGGAGGAGCUGCGGCGGGAGGUGGAGAAGACGGUGAAGCGGGAGGCGAAGUCCGUGGAAGGUCUGCGGCAGGCACUAGAGCAAGCCCGUAAGGAGAAGGAGACGUGCGUGGGCGACAGCUUCCAGCAGCGCGAGGCCUUGCAGCGGCAGCAUCGAGAGAAGGUGGCCGCCCUGCAGGCGGAGGUGGAUGCACUGACGCAGCAGCUGGCCGAGGAGCGGGCGGCGCGGAAAGACGGCGAGGCGGAUGCGGAGGUGCUGCGGGUGCGUGCGGAGAGCCUGGACAAAGCGAACCAGCGACUGUCGAACGAGUUAGAGACGACAAAGGCGGAGCAGCGCAGCAGGGAGCGUGCGGCCGAGCAAGCGCAUCAGGCUGUUGUGGAAGAGCUGCGCGCAAAGGUGCGCAAGAGCGCCACCGACUUCAGCUACGCGCAGGAUCAGCUCGCACAGUUCGCGGCGGAUGCACAGCAGCUCCGCGACGAGUUGGCACGCCGCACGAGUGCACUGGAGGCCGCGAAGGAGAAAAUUGCAAAGCAGGAGAUCCAAUCGGCGGACGAAAUGGCCAAGGCAAAAGACGCAGCGCUGCAGAAGGAGCGGGAGGCGGCGCAGGCCAUUUCACAGCUGCGUGGCAACAAGGCGCAACUCGAGGCGACGGUGGAGCGACUGGAGCGGCAGGCGAAGGAGGCGGAGGGACGCGUGCAGGGGACGGCGAAGCAGGUUGAGGAGGAGCGCCGAUCGCUGGAGGACGCACACCGCAAGUUGCAGGAUGCCAAGGUGGAGAUGGAGGACCUCCGCGCCGUCGCUACGCACGCACAGGAGCGCGGCGCGUCCGCAGCCGAGGAAAAGCGGCAGCUGGAGCGGCAACUCGAGGACGCCAGCCUUUACCGCGACGAGCUCGAGAAUGCCUUGCACAACAACGAGCGAAAAAUGAUGGAGCUACAGCAGGAGCAGGCGCGGCAUCAGAAGCAGGUGGAGGGACAGUUGGAGGAGCAGGCGCAGCGGCACAAAGCCGAGGUGGCCGCGGCGCGGAUGGCGUCCGAGCAGGUGCGCGGCGAGGUUACACGUGCGCGGGAGGCACUUGUUGAGAAGGAGGCGGCUCUUCAGCAACUGCGGGAGGAGGUUGGCAAGCUGCGCCGCGAGGCCGCUUUGCGUGAAAGCGGCUUGCAGGAGGAAAUGGAGGAUCUUCGUGAGGCGCAAGGGAUGGAAAUGCGCCGCAUGGAUGAGUUACUGAACGGACUCCGCAGCGAUCUGGCCAAGUCGCAGGCAAUGUGCACGCAUUACCAACGCGAGCUCUCGCACAUCCACCGCAACGCUGAAGGGGAACACUCCGAUUUAGAGGUCGCCCUUGAGCAAGCGGACGCGGCGCGGGCGAAGCUGCUCGAAGAUGCCAAGUACCGGGAUCAGCUGAAUAAGGAAUUACAAGGGACGGUGCGGCUGCUCAGCUCGCGACUGACGGCCAAUGAGGAGGAGGUACGGCGGGCGCAGGAGGAGCUCGCAGACACAAACAAGAAGCUCCAGGAUGCGCACACGCUCAUAGGCCGAAAAGACGCUGCGAUUGGGCAGCUCAACGCAAAGCUGCGCGCCUAUGAGGCACGCAGCGGUAGCAGCAUUAUCAUGUAA